GGGCGGGGCGAGCAGCGGGAAGGGGCCUGCUGCGGCCGAGGUGACACAUCUCUGCCUGCCGGGCCAGCAGCAGCGGGGCCAGCAGUUCGAGGGGCACCCACGGGCCACGGUUCCCCACGAGGCUUCGGAAUGGACCUGUGCCACCCAGACCCAGCAGAGCUGAGCAGUGGGGAGGCCGAGGAGCUGCAGCGAAUCAGAUGGCACCGGAAGCAGCUUCUGGACGACAUCCAGAAGCUGAAGGAUGAGAUCGAAGAUGUGUUUGCCCAAAUCGACUGCUUCGAGAUAACAGAGGAGAGCCGGAUGGCCCAAAAGGAGAAGGAGCUGUGCAUCGGGCGCAAGAAGUUCAACAUGGACCCUGUGAAGGGCAUCCAGUACCUCACUGAGCACAAGCUGCUGACCUCCAGCGCCCAGGACAUCGCCCAGUUCCUGUACAAGGGCGAGGGUCUCAACAAGACGGCCAUCGGUACCUACCUGGGGGAGAGGGACCCCAUCAACCUGCAGGUCCUCCAGGCCUUUGUGGACUGCCACGAGUUCUCCAACCUCAACCUCGUCCAGGCCCUCAGGCAGUUCCUCUGGAGCUUCCGGCUGCCGGGCGAGGCCCAGAAGAUCGACCGGAUGAUGGAGACGUUCGCCACGCGCUACUGCCUCUGCAACCCGGGCGUCUUCCAGUCCACAGACACCUGCUACGUCCUGUCCUUCUCCAUCAUCAUGCUCAACACCAGCCUGCACAACCCCAACGUCCGGGACAAGCCGCCCUUCGAGCGCUUCGUGUCCAUGAACCGCGGCAUCAACGGCGGCAGCGACCUGCCCGAGGACCAGCUGCGGAACCUCUUCGACAGCAUCAAGAGCGAGCCCUUCUCCAUCCCUGAGGACGACGGCAACGACCUCACCCACACUUUCUUCAACCCCGACCGCGAGGGCUGGCUGCUCAAGCUGGGGGGCCGUGUGAAGACGUGGAAGCGGCGCUGGUUCAUCCUGACGGACAGCUGCCUCUACUACUUCGAGUUCACCACGGACAAGGAGCCUCGGGGAAUCAUCCCCCUUGAAAACCUGUCGGUGCAGAAGGUGGACGACCCCAAGAAGCCGUUCUGCCUGGAGCUCUACAACCCCAGCUGCCGGGGCCAGAAGAUCAAAGCCUGCAAGACGGACGGGGACGGCAAGGUGGUGGAGGGCAAGCACCAGUCUUACCGGAUCUCGGCCUCCAGCGCCGAGGAGCGGGACCAGUGGAUCGAGGCCAUACGGGCCAGCAUCACCCGUGUCCCCUUCUACGACCUGGUCUCUGCCCGGAAGAAGAAGAUUGCCAGCAAGGACUGAGCUCCCGGGACGGGGUGCUGGGCCCGGCAGCCCGGACCCCAUGACUAUGGAACCUGGAGACCCGCCGCCCAGUGCAGGGCACGCUUUCCAGGCCUGCAGACACCCUCCCUCCCCAUGGCUUGGAGCUGACAGGACGGGAGGCGGGGCUCAGGAAGGUGGGUGGGAACAGCUGAGGACCCCGAAGGUCAAUGAGGUCCCUCGGCACCCAGCUGCUGCCAGGAGAGGCCUGAGGAAGCGGGCGAAGAGAAGCCAGACACCUCCCCACCCGGUCCUCUCUCUGGGCCUCAGUUUCCCCUUCUGUGAAGGUCUCCUCGCACUCUGGAAAGCCGUCAGGCCUCACGGCAGGAGGGCCGUGGCGUUCCUAAGCCCCAUCUCCAGGGCGCUGGGUGCCUUCUGCCCAGGUCUCUUUCCUCCUCUGGUUCUGGGAAAACUGGGCAAUGUCUUGGCCCCUCUGGCUCUGUGUGUGCUCCUCGCCAUUCCCUACGGUGAGGGGAGCCUCAGCCCCUGGCUGCCUCCCGCCUCUCGGACUGCUUCCUCCAGGCAGGCGGACGGGAUUGCACCAGGUCUCCCGAAGGAGCUUCCGGCUGGAGAUGUCUGCACGUGUUUGCUGAGCCGGCGGGGACUCUGGACUGAAGGCUGCUGGGGAGCUGAGAGCAGCGUGGGCUCCACCCUCGGGGUGUCCAUUUCAGGGGAGGCGCAGGCAGGACUCCUCAAGAACAUGGCACAGCACAUCCCAGGCGGACGCACUUGGUGGUGCAACCAAGAGGCCCAGAAUGGACAGCGUGUGGGUGUGGUUAGCAGGAAGGCUGCCUGGAGGCGGCGGCCAUGGCAGCCACGGCGAUGAGUGACACAGAAGCUCAUGGCAGUCUCAGCCAAGGCUUCCCUGCGAGACCACGGAGCGGGAUUCCGUGGUGGCGAGGGGCCGCCCAGCGGGGCCUCGCACCUUGAGCCCCUCUCUCUGUGGCAGCACCGGCACCAUGAGAGCUGAGCCGACUUCCCGGCGACCGGCAGGCGCCUCUGUCUCCUGGGAGGCCCUGGCCUGGGGGAGGAUGCCUCCCUCGAGCAGGCUUCUCCUCAGAGGCACUUCUCACCCCCUCACCGGGUCCUGGGGGAGCCCCGAGGGAAGUUCCCUGAAGGAAGCAGCAUAUGGGGCUGCCUCUGCCCGCUGCCAGCCUGUGCCAGCCUGAGUGGGCGAGCAGGAGCUCCGGGGGUUCCCCAGGGGAGGGGAGGCAGCCUCUGCUUCCCCCACCGCCUCUGCGUGCCCACCUCCCCGGCGUCAGGAUGGAGCGGCCGCCUGGUGAAGGGAGACCCGUCUCGGGAGUGUGCAAGGGCCUGGCGUGAGACUGCACGGAGAAGGCGCUGAGCUGGGCAGCUGCGGGAGGCCGCCUUGCAGGAAUGUCAGGACGUCCCAGCCCCCGGGUCAGCCUGGGAGCUGGCCUCCACCUCUGCCACCUCUGCCACCUCACCGGCUCAGGAAGGGGCAGCCAGGGCUCACGGGAGGAGCCCUGGCCUGGGGGUCACGGGGCCUGAGGUCCUCUCCUGCCACUGUCCCCCGCUGACUGUGAUCUCAGUCCCCUCCCGCCCCCUCUGUCCCCGGCGCCCCCCUCACUGAGGGGAACGGGUGCUGUCUGGGCGCGGGAGCAUGAGUCACUCAGUUGAGAGAAUAAAAGUCAUUAUGCACCUCA